AUGAACGCAUGUCGCUCGCUUGAAAGUCUCCCUCGCCUUUUCUGCUGCCAAUGUAGAUCGACAUUACCAGUACAAGCAAGACAGGUCCAUCCUUCACGAGCCUACAGCUCAGAGAUUGACCUCUUUGGCAAGACGACCAUCAAAAAGGCCUACGAUGAUCUGCCGCGGACGCUCACAGAUGCUUCCGGCAGGUCCUUGGCGCCUCUACCGGUAUUAGAGCAGCCUAUCGUUGUACGCAAGCGGCGGCGAAAGGCUGCACCCACUGAAGAGCCAAACCUUGAGCCCCAAGAACCCGUCGUCAAGCCGAAAGCCAAGCGAAAGACGAAAGUCAAAGUGGCAGAGAAUCCUGCAGAGCCGAGUGUGAUACCUGCGAUCCCAGAUCCUGAUCAGCUGAGCUCUCGUCUGGCUCAAGAAGUCUUGAGAAAUGCCCGCCGGUUUCCUCAUGCGCUCCUGCUCACGCGCGUUGGCCAAUUCUACGAAAGCUAUUUCGAUCAAGCACCUCUGAUUGCCGACUUGCUGUCCAUCAAGCUGACUUCAAAGCGCUUUGGAGGUUUCGCCUUUCCGUUUUGUGGCUUUCCGCUCGCACAGCUCGACAAGCACCUCAAGACGCUCGUACAAGAUGACGGUCGCUUUGUUGCCAUCUGCGAAGAGUUCAAGAUCUAUCAUCCGCCCACAGAAGGCACGCAUCAGGUUCCUCCUCCAGAUAUCAAGCGCAAAGUUACUCGCGUCGUCACGCCAGGCACUUUGAUCGAUGAGACCUUUCUCAACGUUGCAGAAAACAAUUUUCUGCUCUCCAUCGUUGCACCCUCAGAGAGAAAUGCCGUCGGAUUGGCUUGGCUCGAUGUCUCCACCGGUGAUUUUUUUGUGCAAGAGAGUGACCUCGAAGCAUUGGAGGACGAUCUCGCUCGCAUAAGGCCCCGCGAGAUACUGCUCGAUAGCAAGGCAGAGUCCCCGGAGUCGACCCUGCGAGAAAUAUGUGCAAAGCAAUCGGGCGUCUUCGUCUCUUUCGUGCAGCCUGACGGCAAGAUCGAGCAGAAGCAUGACGAGACGCAGGAGGCCAGCGUCACGGAAGCCAUCGGUCUCCUGUCAACUUAUAUCAAGCAGACUCUGCUCGACGUGCAGCCAGAUCUGAACAACCCCAUCCGACGGAAAGCGGACGUGUCGAUGACGAUCGACGCUGUCAGCUUGGAUGCCUUGGAGAUCCGCGAGACCUCUUUGCUCGGUUCUGCCAAAGGUAGUCUGCUCUCGAACAUCAGACGCGUCGUCACUGGCGGCGGACGUCGGCUGCUGGAGUCGCGCAUCUGCUCGCCUAGUACUGAUCUGCAAGAGAUCGAAGCGAGGCAGGCCAUCGUGGAUAUUUUCCAUACGCACAGAGAGCUCCGGGAAGACGUUCGAGAUCUCUUGAGACCCUUGGACGACACAUCGCGCAAAUUGCAGCGUAUCAGUCUCAAUCGCAGCGAUCCAAGUGAUCUCUUGAGCUUACGCGCAUUCAUCUUGUCUGCAAACAGGAUCAGAGAAACCAUACUGCUAGCUGCAAGCUUUGCAGCGGAUCAAGUUGCCUGGACAAGGAUCAUCUCGACAGCAGAAAGGAUCAACGAUCAUACAAACCUAGCUCGCGCGAUUGAAGCCGCGGUUGACGACGAAGGCUAUCGCAAGAUUACAGAAGCAAAUGCUGUCGAGCUCGACGCGGAUGGAUCAGAGACCGGUGAGGCCGAUCUGGACGAAGCUACGCCCAAUGAUCUUAGGGCUACUGCGCCGCUCGAGAUCUCCGGUGUGUCAGAUAAUUGGGUUAUACGCGCUAAUUUCUCUCCCGACUUUGCCGAUGCUCACGCUGCCCUGACGGCAGCAUUUGUCCGCGCAGCGGAUCUCGCGCAGGAGCUCCGUAUGACAUUUGCGUCGGAGCACCUGUCAUUGCGCGUAGUUCCCAAAUUUGGUGCUGCCGUUCAUGUUCGGUCGAUCCGCAAUGGUUUUGCUCAGAUCGAGAAGUCCGGCACUGCAACACCGUUGCAGAAGAACGCAUCCACUCGGCUCUAUUCUGUGGAGCAGUGGACGCUACUCAAUGCUGAGAUCCAAGCCCUGCGUAAUCGUAUCCGCGAGAUGGAGCAAAACGCUUUCCGAAAGCUAUGUGACGAUAUACUAGAUCACUUCAACAGUCUGCGCAAGAACGCAAGUCUGUUAGACGAGCUUGAUGUCGCUGCUGGCUUUGCUGAGCUCGCCCACGAGACUGGCAUGGCCCGCCCUACCAUUACGAACGACCUUUCGAUGGAUAUUAUAUCGGGCCGUCAUCCUUCCGUCGAACAAGGUCUUCAGCGCCAGAAUCGACCCUUCACGGCGAAUUCGACUGGAUUCGCUGCGCCUGACAUGCUGUGCCACAUCAUCACCGGGCCCAAUAUGGGCGGCAAGUCGACCUAUCUACGUCAGACGGCCCUCAUUGCGAUACUCGCACAGACAGGUGGAUACGUACCAGCCGAGCGAGCGAGGAUAGGCAUGGUGGAUCGCGUCUUUACUCGCAUCGGCGCAAAGGACGAUCUUUAUCGCGACCGAAGCACCUUUAUGGUCGAAAUGAUUGAAGUGGCUGAGAUCCUCAACAAAGCGACGUCACGGUCGCUCGUCGUCAUGGACGAAGUAGGGCGAGGCAGUGCAACGAUAGAUGGCGUGGCAAUAUCCUACGCGACGCUCAAUCAUCUGCUCUCCAUCAACCGAUGUCGCACGCUAUUCGCAACUCACUUUCAUGAGCUUGCAGACAUCCUCGACGGCGACGGUCCAGAUGCGCGGCCGGGUAUCAAGUUCUACUGCACUGACAUCAUCGAGAGUGACGACGGAUCAUUCUCCUAUUCUCAUCGCGUCAGACCCGGCAUCAAUCGGGACUCGCACGGCAUAAGGGUAGCUCAGAUCGCUGGCUUGCCGAUCGACGCCCUCGAUACAGCUCGGGUGACUAUGCAGAUGCUACGAGAGCGCAAAGCGAACGGACAGACAGGCCUGCGAUGGCAAGAAUUGACAACGACACGAUGA